GGUCCGCCCGGCCGCGACGCGGCGACCCUGGGUCCGGGGGUCAGCGCGCGCCGCAGGACGCAGGGGUCCCGAGGACCGGAGUGGAACCGACAGGUGCGAUCCGGAGCCAUGGUGAUCAUGUCGAACUUGAACGCGGCCGCCGGCCAGGGCCAGCAGAAAACCCUCCGCGUGGGCUUCUACGACGUGGAGCGUACCCUAGGCAAAGGCAAUUUCGCGGUGGUGAAGCUGGCCCGGCAUCGAGUCACCAAAACGCAGGUUGCAAUAAAAAUAAUUGAUAAAACACGAUUAGAUCCAAGCAACUUGGAUAAAAUCUACCGUGAGGUCCAGCUGAUGAAGCUGCUGAACCAUCCGCAUAUAAUCAGACUGUACCAGGUUAUGGAAACAAAGGAUAUGCUUUACAUUGUGACUGAAUUUGCAAAAAAUGGAGAAAUGUUCGAUUACCUGACCGCCAACGGGCACUUAAGUGAGAACGAAGCGAGGAAGAAGUUCUGGCAGAUCCUGUCGGCCGUGGAGUACUGCCACAACCACCACAUCGUGCACCGGGACCUCAAGACGGAGAACCUGCUGCUGGACGGCAACAUGGACGUCAAGCUGGCAGAUUUUGGAUUUGGGAACUUCUACAAGCCUGGAGAGCCUCUGGCUACGUGGUGCGGGAGCCCCCCGUAUGCAGCCCCCGAAGUCUUUGAGGGGAAGGAGUACGAAGGCCCCCAGCUGGACAUCUGGAGCCUCGGUGUUGUGCUCUACGUCCUCGUCUGCGGUUCUCUUCCUUUCGACGGACCCAAUCUGCCCACGCUGAGGCAGCGGGUGCUGGAGGGCCGGUUCCGAAUCCCCUUCUUCAUGUCUCAAGACUGCGAGAUGCUCAUCCGCCGCAUGCUGGUGGUGGACCCUGCCAAGCGCAUCACCGUCGCCCAGAUCUGGCAGCACCGCUGGAUGCAGGCCGACCCCACGCUCCUGCAGCAGGCUGACGCCUCCCUCUCCAUACUCAGCUACACCUCCAACCUGGGCAACUACAACGAGCAGGCGCUGGGUAUCAUGCAGGCCCUCGGCAUCGACCGGCAGAGGACCGUGGAGUCGCUGCAGAAUAGCAGCUAUAACCACUUCGCCGCCAUAUACUACCUCCUGCUCGAGCGCCUCAAGGAGCACCGGGGCACCCAACCGCUGGCCCGCCCCGUGCCCAGCCGGCAGCCCUGGCCCAGGAGCCCGGACCUCGGUGGUCUGGAGGUGCCUCAGGAAGGCCUCCACUGCGACCCUUUCCGGGCCUCCCUGCUGUGCCCACAGCCCCAGGCCUUGGCACAGUCUGUCCUGCAGGCUGAGAUGGACUGCGACCUGCAUAGCUCGCUGCAGCCCCUGUUCUUCCUGGCGGACGCCAGCUGCAACAGCGUGUCCCCACACCGCUCCAUCUCCCCCAGCAGCCUGCUGGACACAGCCAUCAGCGAGGAGGCCGCGCAGGCACCCAUCCUGGAGGAGGAGCCUGAGGCUCCGGAGCCCCCUCGCAGCGGCACGGGCCGCAGGCACACGCUGGCCGAGGUCUCCACACACUUCUCUCCAUUCACCCCUCCCUGCAUCAUUGUGUCCUCCUCCUCCACAUGCGCCUCGGAAGGAACCAGCUCUGACAGCUGUCUGACUUUCUCCGCGGGCGAAGGCCCUGCUGGGCUCGGCAGCGGCCUGGCCACCCAGGGGCUGCUGGGCACCUGCUCCCCAGUCAGACUGGCCUCGCCUUUCCUGGGGGCGCAGUCAGCCACCCCUGUGCUGCAGGCUCAAGGGGGCCUGGGCGGAGCUGUCCUGCUGCCUGUCAGCUUCCAGGAGGGACGGAGGGCGUCAGACACCUCGCUGACUCAAGGGCUGAAGGCCUUCCGGCAGCAGCUGAGAAAAAACGCGCGGACCAAAGGCUUCCUAGGGCUCAACAAGAUCAAGGGGCUGGCGCGCCAGGUGUGCCAGGCAUCCUCCAGUCGAGUGUCCCGGGGCGGCCUGAGCUCCUUCCACGCCCCCACCCCAAGUUCGGGCCUACAGGGUGGCAGCUCUGGCAGCCGAGAGGGCAGAGGCCUGCUGGAGGAGGUGCUGCACCAGCAGAGGCUGCUCCAGUUACAGCACCACCCGGAUGCCGCCCCCAGCUGCCCCCUGGCCCCACAGCCACCCUCUACUCCCACCCCUGCCCCCGCCCCCGCCCCUGCCCCAUACAUGCUGGCCCCCUGCGACAGCCUGUUCAUGUCAGGGCUGCCACUGCUGCCAGCGCCCAACCUGCAGACCGGAGCGUCCCCGGUGGUGUCGGCCGCGCAGCUCCUGGACACCCACCUGCACAUCAGCACCAGUCCCACCACCCUCCCCAGCAGGGCCCUGGCACCCUGCUUCGCCAGGCUGGCCCCGGGCUGCGACCCUGCUGGGCGGCUGCAGGGGGACUGCGAGAUGGAGGACCUGACCUCGGGCCCUAGGGGGACGUUCGUCCUGGUGCAGUGAGGAGGACAGCCCCGCCGCGUCCAGCUGGCGCUUCCAAGCAAUAAUUUCGGAGUACGUGAGGAUGUUUUGGGACUCAAAAGCCAAGAACUUUCCAGAAGCAAAACAAGCAAUACGUUAGGUGUGUGGGCUUUUUAGUUUGUUUUUUUGUUUUACUUUUUUCCUUGCACUGAAUGACCUCAACUCCGAGUAGAGACUGGAAGCUGAAGAGAAAUAAUGGUGGGCAUGUCAUGCAGGUGGGUGGCGGGGGGGAGUGGGGCGAGGGAGGGCCUCUGGCUGCGAGGGCGGGUGACAGGGCAGCGGCUUGGGCCCCUUGUCUACAGCUGUGUCAGGAGCUGACACAGGGCCUAGGGCGUCCCUGGUAACGUCUGGAACGGCCGAGUGCGUGCGUGGGUCAGUAUCCUUUCGGUUUUAGUUGAUGGUUCUCCACUUCGGGAAACAUUUAUGCUUCAAUGGAAACUGUGAACUUGCUGCUUCACAUGUGGGUUGGCACCAUUCGGGGCUGCCCAGGAAGGGGGCACGGAUCGCCGGCACAGAGGCAGGCUCGGCUCGCUUGAGGCGGGGAGCUGUGCGCGCAGCUCAGGAGUCCGUUUUCCAGCGCUGUUCGGAGGAACCGCAGGAGGGCCCAGGGGCAGCGUCCAUGGCUGGGGCUCGGUCCCAGGAGCGCUUGGCCAAGAGGAAGCCAGGAGCUUUCUUCCUGCUGCUCAUCUCGUUCCCGCUGCUAAUUAGUGCGUUUUUAUGCAUUUCAUUAUCAGGGUCCAACCAGAACACCUGACCUGGGGGUGGUGGGCGUGGUGCUUCAGGCCAUGACAGGCGGCGCGCGGGUGGGGGCGGCGGUGGCUCCUCACUGUGACCGCCACCCGGGACUUCCCGGUGACACAGGCCUGGCAGCCAGGCCCUGGCACUCGUGCUGGGCAUCUGUCUUUCAUUCAAAGAAGAUGCUAAGGGAAGCUUAGGUCAGUGUUUGUAAAGCUGUGUCUCUUUUUUUAAGCAAAUACUGUAUAUGUAUAUAAAUAGGAGAGCAUAGACACUACUUAUUUUUUAUAUUUUGUACUACACUUUUGUGUUCCUUGUUUAAACCUCCCUCGGUCACCCAGGGGGAGCAUCCUGGCAGCACCAGGUUUGCUGCGGAAGGGGCCCAGCCACCCCUCAGCACUGGCGAGACAUAGGGCAGGGGCAGAGGCCACCACUGCGUCCCACCUUCUGUGCGCCAAGUGCCCACCCCUUCCUCGCCCAGGUGCCUUUGCUUCCCGUGGCUCUAGCAGCCUGCAGUAUUACACAGGGGCCACUGAGAAAGGGGCAAAGGCGGGACUUCUCAAAAGCCAAAGAUUGACCGAGUCACCUGAAGGCAGGAAGGACGCCCACGCGUGUCGGUGUUUUGGUGGGUGCCCCCCUUCUGUGCAUGUGCUGAGCUCCAUGCUGCUCUGUGACUGCUGCUGUGCUCUGUGGCUGCUUAGGGACGGGCGAAGGACUGUCCUCGCUGGCGGACCUGGCACCCGGCCGCAGAGAAAACACCAAAGUCCCCUGCCUGCCACCUCUGGACGUCCCUGGCUGCAGGAGGCGGCUGGCCUGACCUGCUCUCGCGGGAGACCUGGGCCAGCCCCUGUCCCCACACCCCAGUCUUCACACCGCAGAUCAAAGGCCUUGUGCCACCCUGUGUUUCUCUCUGAAGCAGCAACAAGCACUUUACUUUCCUAGCGGUUUUUGUUUUUUCUUAGCACUGUAGACCUCUUUGGGAGGAUGGGAAGGCCGUGUUUUUAUUUCUCGUUUUUUUAGGUGUGUGCGGUGUUUUGUAGAUUUCUCAACAGCGCUGUUCUGCAGACUCCUGCAAUAGCCUAUUUAAAGACACUACGUGAUCUGGUUGAGAUGUAUAUAUAUUUUUUUUUACCAUACCUGAAUUGUUUUGUUUCAUAUGUUACCAUGAGAGAUGUAUGCCAAAUGAUUAGCUGAUGUAUGUUUUUUUAAUUUAAUAUUUAAAUAAACUAUUUGGGGGAAAAGAC